AUGCGCGACUCAAGGCGGAGCACGGCUCCUCCUCCUCCUUUUCCUUGUCCUCCUCCCUCCUCCUCCCUCCUCCCUCCUCCUCCCUCCUCCUCCCUCCUCCUCCUCCUCCUCCUCCUCCUCCUCCUCCUCCUCCUCCUCCUUCUCCUCCUCACUCACACCCGCUCUCGGUCACUGCCCGCUCUAAGCCUCCGAGCUCGUCGUGCUGCUUGUUUUCCGGCUGCUCCGCAUGCGCGGGGGCUAGGCUUCACCAAAGCGGCGGUGUCGCGCGCGUCGACCACGACUGGCUCGCUCUUCUUCCUUCCCUCGUUCUCUCUUCUUCCUUCCCUCUCGUUUCCUCCUUCCCUGGUCUCCUUCUUCUCUCUUCUUCCUUCCCUCGUUUUCUCAAUCUCCCUCUCGUGCUGGAGACGGACGGGGGGCUGA